GAAAAUUAGGAGCCGACGAGUGGUACCAAAUGAAUCUGUCACUGGAGUUGCGGAGGCAGCAGACAGGGACGUGGUGAUGAAUAUAAACGAAUAUGAAUAUGUCACCAACGUAGAGGAUAAAAAACUAAAGGAGACUUUCACCGCGAUGCUGUUGAAUUUCAUCUACACGUUGCUUGGGGAAGCCGAAUUCGAGGACGCCCUGAUACAUCUUGUCGACGGUACGCUGCUGCUGAUUUACUCCUUCAACGACAGCAUCGCCCGCCAGCCGGUGUGCGACGAAAUCCCUUACUGCCCUAUGAUCACAAAGGCAAUGCGAGCGUGGGCUAAGGAAUAUACAAACUCUGAUACUAAGGAUACGCUCAUUAUGGUCGCUAUUAAAGGCAUCCACGCAUUCCUCAGCGUAAUUCCUUUGAAUGAUUAAAGUGGAAAAAACAUACUGUUAUACUUUUUGAUUAACAUCAACAAGCAAAUAGGAAUAAUAUUAAAUUCUAAAGAAACCGAUUGGCUCUUCUGAUUGGAAAAUUAAUUCUGGAUGGUUAGCCAAAGGUGAAAAUUCUACAUUAAUUAUUAUUCAUUUUAUUGGACACCAUCGGUGUACAACUAAAGUCAAUUACAAUUUUAUUUAUUAUAACGGAAUGCUUGUGAUAAAGUUAAAGGUUUUUUGACACAGUCUAGUAAAUGGUACAUACUAGAAAGCAAAGAAUCACAAUAAAUACAUUUACAAUUAGCGGUGACUUCGAGAUGAAAACAUUUAUGUGAACAGACGAGGAAAUGAUAGCCAUGAAAAGAAUAUCAAGUUAACAUAGCCCUGUCUUUACAAUUUGUAUUAGUCCAAUCCAAAUUACACAUAGCAGGGGUUUCAAAAAAUUUUGGGUCAAUAGAUUGUCGUUUAACAUUCAUAUUAUUCAAAAACUUCUCAUAGGCAAUUGUAGAGGGAAGAGAGUAUUUAGAUUUAAGGUCAUAUAUUAACAAAAUAAUCAGUCUGAACCAAUUCAUAGACAAAUCUGGAUUUCAUUCUCUUGUCUACGCUGAGGGCUUUUUUAAAGAAUCUAGAUUUAGCACAUUCCAACUUGUUAAGAUCAUUCAGAGAUAAAUGAGACCAAAUUGCUUCUAUACCAUACGAAGCUACAGGAGAAAUUGCCAAGUUAAAUAGCUUUUUUGCAGUGGAAAUAGACGAUUUUGAAAGGUUUUUAAUUUUAGAUGUUGCAAAAAUUGACGCUUUAACUCUCUUAUCCAGAUGAUUUGAAAAGCAAGUUCCAGACGUUUGGAAUGUCACGCCAAGA